AUGAUCCUGCAGUGGUCUUCCGUCAUAAAGGCAGCUCCAAUAGUCUUUGUAUUUUGGAUUAACAUAAUUGUGGUGGAUGGACAUAAACAGAACAAGGCACUCGUGUGCCCUAUAGGAUUUACGUUAGCCGUCACGAAACAGAAAGGAGAUCCAAUAUGCUAUAGAAGGAAAGGGCCAGAGGCCUUCAAAGAUGUAUUUAAAGACUGUGCCGGUAAUCUUUAUACAUCAAAGCUGUAUUACAGCCUGAACAUAACGGAUCCUAAUAUAAUAUUGUGGACCGAAUAUAAGUCCUCAUAUCCUGGAGGACCUUUCAUUGACUGGUCCUACUCCAGUUCGAUCGGUUCCUUGUUUUACUCCACUUACGACGUUAGCUAUAACCCUGAUUUGGGCUUAGAUGAAGAGCUGUGCUUGGUCAUAGAUCCAGUGAGUAACUUUACUGCGACAAAAUGCAGCGAGAGGCAUUACAGAUAUUGUUUUGUCAAACCUUAUCAAGAUAAUAUGUCUGAUGAUGGUUGCGAAGACUUACAAGAUUCUAAAAGGUUCUCAAGUCCAAUCGUAACUUGUCUUGGUGUCUUGAAUGGAGUAGUUGGUGGUCCAGUGCGAGCGACUUGGAGACAGGCUCAAGAUCUUUGUGAGAAAAGAGGAGGAUCGAUCUUAAAUAAGGGAUGGAGACAUGCCAACAAUCCAAUGUUUCAGGCCAUCGGCUUCAAUAGAAAAUAUCCAUUGGGAAUCAUUAUGAGCUCGGAUUUCUCUCUGUUGCGUUAUGAUGCCGAAGAUGAUAACUCUGAGAUACCUGAAUCAGAAUGGAAUUUUGAAGAGAACGUGCUAUCUUCGGAUACAUUGCUGGGUGCUCUGCAUGACAAUUUCUGGUACCUCGUCAACAGUUCCUAUAUCUUCUACGACGUGAUAUGCGAGCGGUCUAUUCAGAGGAAGAAAAUCACCUUGAAUGUGACGAUUGACAUAGACAAUAAAUUGACUUUGUCAGUCAACGAUUCAAUAGACGAAAGCGAUAUUCAUUGCUUUUCUGACUCCGUUAUACACUAUCCGACCCGAAUUAACUUGCAGCGUGAGAAAGACAGUAAUAUGUUUAUACUGAAACCAAUAAUGGAUGGAUACUACUGGUGCGUCCAAACAGAUUCCGUGAAUUAUGAAGUGGUGACUUCUAAUAAGGUGCUCUUUAUAAGAGAGAAGCAAUCGAUGAUAAAUAUGUACGCGACGAAAAUACGAAUGAAAAGGAGAUACAAUUUCGAGAAUUUGGAAAAAAUGUACAGGGUUUGGGUAAAGAAGCUAGCUGAGUACAUAUUCUAUGUGACGAAGUACUCUAAACAUUACGACGAGCUGUCGUUGUAUACCAACGACACAGAAAAGUUACUCAAACAAUUUAAAAGUUCUUACCCAGGCUUGGAAUGGAAGGCGAAGGAGAUCAUUCUAUCUGUAAAACUGAAGAGGCUGUACUUGGACGGUAGAACUGCAUUAAUUCACGUCGAAUUAAAUCCUGAUAUGCUGCCUGUUCCGCCUGGGUGGUGGGACGAAAUGGAGGUGGAGUAUAUGAAGCCGUCAUAUUAUUGCAGAGCAUUUGAUUCGGUGCCAACCCUAAAGUUAGGUGAAUCAAUAUCAACUCCCGAAUGCCGCACAUACACUUGCAUCGGGGACUUCAACGAGGGCGUGCAGUGGGUGACAACAGCUACCGAAGACUGUACUACAAAACGUCCUAUGACCGUCUUCACCACCGUCCGGGUUGAGGACUUCUGGGGCAGGAAAUUGCAGGAUCAGUCGAUCACACAGCUUAUGCCAUCUGUACGAGAAAUGAGCGGUGAAAGCUCUGAAGAUGAACAUUAUAGGCCUCCAACAUCGAGUACUACGUGGAAAUAUCCGACGACUACUGUACCUUCGGUGACCACCACCGACAGUUAUGUGACCACAGAAGUUACAGAUGUGAUAAGCACUGAAACUCUACCACCGAUCACGGAUACCAUGCCAGUUACCACUGAGACGACUACGCAAUAUAUCACUACUACUGAGGUGCCUACCACGAAAACGCCCGAGGAACAGUUAUGGCAAGUCCUGGAAGAUCUUGACAAACUGGUAAACAACAAUUCCGUUCCAGUUCUAGUAUCAAACGUAGAAACGGUUUUCGAUCAGGUGGAUGAACUUUUGGUAGCGCAAGACACUUUAGACAUUCCCAGUAGAUUGCUCCAUUUGCUAGACAAGCUGGGCUCUUCAGUGUAUCUGAACGGAUCCACGAAUGCUACGGCUGUGAGAAACAACAUUGCGCUCGUUGUUGCCGACGCCAUGCCAAAGAGCCCGGUUAUGGGUUUAAGGAUCGCGGCGAGCAAUCAAAGCUUUUUCACUAAGGAAUCUUUCGAAAUUUUAACAGAAAAUCUAAACCCCGCCACUCUAAGCAACGUAGAGAACGAAGCUGUGAUCAACUUACCUCAGUCGGUGGCGGAUUCUUCAACGCGCAUCAGCUUUGUUGUGUUCCGCAACGACCGCGCUUUCCAGUCCAAUUUCCCCGUCAACAGUAAAGUGUUGAGCAUCAACGUGGAAAACGUCACUAAUUUCAGCAGCGGAGAGGUUGUCGAUAUCCACAUCAGUCCCAUCACGAGUGAACCAGAUCGCAACGUGAGCCGCGCAUGCGCUUACUGGGAAUUCCUGAAUGAUGGCGGAGGGUAUUGGUCCCAGGAGGGCUGUACCUUCAUACAAGCCUCGAGUCCCGGUCUUCUAGACACAUGUAGAUGCACCCAUCUCACCCACUUCGCGGAGGUCCUCGUAGCGAAAGCGGUCUUCUCCCAGCGCAACGAAGACGCACUGGAAUUGAUUACCAUAAUUGGAUGCUGUCUCUCUAUUUUUGGUCUAUUCAUGGUGGGACUGACAGCCGCUAUCUUCAGGACCUGGAGAAGAGACUACAGCAACAAAAUCUGGCUACAACUCUGCAUAGCUGUCUUGUUCCACGUUGUCUGCUUUCUAGUUGUGAUCUUUGCGAAGUUCGAGCAGAAUAAUGUUGGGUGCAUGUUAUUGGGAGUCGCUCUCCACUAUUCCAUUCUAGCUUCCUUCUGUUGGAUGCUGGUUGCAGCUGUACUAUCUUAUAGGAGAUUGGUUCUGGUUUUCACAAGAGACGCCUCACAUAAACUAUUGAGAGCUUCGGCGUUCUCUUGGGGAGCUCCUUGUGCCGUUGUUGGGAUCCUACUCUCAAUCGCCCCUAAUUCUUACGCGGGCCGUUUUGAAGAGAUGGUACCCAGUGGGACUUUCUGCUAUCCUUCCGGUCUCGCUCUGUGGCUGACUGUUUACGCGCCGAUAGCGCUGAUGCUACUCGCAAACUGGACACUAUUCUGUCUGAUAGUCCGCUCCGUGUUUGCUUCUAGAAGGAUCCAGAGACACGGCGAUUCUAACGAGGCUUUACGGUGUGCAUCGGUGAGUUGUCUACUCGUGUUCCUCUUUGGACUGCCCUGGGUCUUUGGACUGUUCGCUUUCAACAUUGUCGCAGCUUACCUUUUCACUUUAACGGCAACAUAUCAAGGUUUCGUUCUAUUCUUGUUCUUCGUGCUGGGUAAUAAGAAGACCAGAGAUCUCUGGUUGAAUAAGCUGAAGAUCAAGCAGACGCGAAAAGUGCCAGUGACCUCCUCCACGUACUCCAACAGGAGCACUGGAUGGAGGGGUAACACGGUCGGUUUGAUGGAGUCAAAGAAUUCAAAGCCCAGGUCGUUGUCAACGCCUGACGAUUCCAGAUUCUCUUGA